GAGGACGCCGGGAAGGACCGGUGGUCCGAGGCCAGUAGUGGCGUUUGUGCUUGGUUGUUGCCGCUGACACCAUGUCCCGCGUGUCAGUGCCCUGCCAUGUGAAAAGCACCGUGGCCCUGCAGGUGGGCGACAUGCGGACCUCCCAAGGCCGACCUGGCGUGCUCGUCAUCGAUGUUACGUUCCCCAGCGUCGGGCCCUUUGAGUUGCAGGAGAUCGUGUUUAAGAAUUACUACACAGCCUUUCUGAGCAUCCGUGUUCGCCAGCACACCUCGAUGUACACACCAGCCAAGUGGGUGACCUGCCUGCGGGACUACUGCCUGAUGCCUGAUCCACACAGUGAGGAGGGAGCCCAGGAGUAUGUAUCGCUGUUCAAGCACCAGGGCCUGGGGAGGCAGCAUCUUGGUUCAUUGCUGGUUAGGAGGCUCCUGGGCAGUGAGCUGGGGCCUCGCUGGGUCCUUGUGUGUGUGUGUCAGAUGCUGUGUGACAUGGCCAGAGUACUGGAGCUGCGCCUGAUUCUGCGACAGCCAUCGCCACUAUGGCUGUCUUUCACAGUGGAGGAGCUGCAGAUCUACCAGCAGGGACCAAAGAGCCCCUCCAUGACCUUCCCCAAGUGGCUUUCCCACCCAGUGCCUUGUGAGCAGCCUGUUCCCCUUCUUGAGGGUCUCCCAGACCCCAGCAGGGUAUCCUCCGAGGUGCAGCAGAUGUGGGCGCUGACAGAGAUGAUCCGGGCCAGUCAUACCUCCACAAGGAUCGGCCGCUUUGAUGUGGAUGGCUGUUAUGACCUGAACUUGCUGUCCUACACUUGAGCCGUGGUUCUUAGCCAAGACGUUGGCCUUCCGUGCCCACCCAGGCCUG